AGCGGGUGCGAUUUGUUGAUGUGGCAUUUUAAUGUCUGGGUUCGGUCGCUGCCUCCGUGGAAACACAAAGCUGCUCAUCAGCGCGGCAACUUGUGUCAACUUGUCCACGGCGACGCGAGACGCAACAAGUAGAGAGGGAGGAAGCAACUCAAGUGUGACGUCUCACGACGGCGGCGGCGCGAGCUCCGCGCGCGGCGCUCGUCGUUAACGUCUGGAUGGACGACGGACAGAGACGGGGACCAAUCACGUGACAAGAUGCUGGCUCGUAACCGCUUCCUCCUCCUGUUGGGGUUGGGUGGGGCUGCGCUGGCCAUCAUCAGUCUGAGCCUCCAGUUUUUGAACCUGAUUCCCACCACUCCCAUAGCCGAGGUGCCAGUAUUCCAAGGUGUAGUCGGAGGUCCUGGGGUGCCUCAGGGAAAGAGCAGAAAGAGAGUUUUGCCAGCGCCACACAGUCAAAAACCUGACCCUCUAUCUGAGGCGUUCGGAUAUUGCAACACUCCCAACCGCACUGAACAGGCCUGGGAGGGUCACAGUCCCGUCGACUACAAGCUGCUGUCUGUCCAAGUGAUGAUUCGUCAUGGAGACCGCUACCCACUGUACUCCAUCCCAAAGACCAAGCGACCCGCCAUUGACUGUACCCUGUCCAGUAAACGGAACCCUUCUCAUCCUCUUAUGAACGCCUUCAUCAGUCACAUGGGCCAGGGAGGACGCGGCCACUGGGAGUCACCACUGGGCUCUGUGGCCCGUCUGCCCAAUCAUGGUGCCUGUGAGAUGGGGGAACUCACACAGACGGGUAUAGUGCAGCACUUGCUCAAUGGCCAGGUCCUCCAUCAGGCCUACAAGCAUCACAAUCUUCUUCCCUCUGCUUGGUCACCGCGCCAGGUGUGGGUGGAGACCACAGGUAAGAGCCGGACCCUCCAGAGCGGGCUGGCUUUGCUCUAUGGCUUUCUCCCGGACUUCGACUGGACAAAACUGACCGUGCGUCACCAGUGGAGCACGUUGUUCUGCGGCUCCACCUGCGAUUGCCCCGCCAGGAAUAAAUAUCUGGAGGAGGAGCAGAGGAGGCAGUAUCGGCUCCGGGUGGCCGAUACUGAGCUGGAGAGAACUUAUGCUGACAUGGCACGCACUUUGGGACUGCCCACCCGCCAGCUGCGUGCAGCAAACCCGAUAGACUCCCUGCUGUGCCACCUGUGCCACGGCCUUGCUUUUCCGUGCAUUCCUACAGGAGAGGGUGGAGUGGGUGGUUGUCUCACUACGGCACAGUUCUCUGUGAUCCGUCGGCAACAGCUAGGGGAUGAGGUGGAUCGGAGAAGAGCGGGCCUGUACCAUAAAUACGCCAUCCUGGCUAUGUAUCCCUACCUUAACCGAACUGCAUCGAAGAUGGAGCGUGUUGGAAAAGGCAGUGAGGCGGGCAAGCGGCCUCGUUCCGGGGGGGAGGAGGUCUUCACCCUUUCUUCAGCCCAUGACGUGACCAUGGCCCCACUGCUCAGCGCCCUGGGACUGGAGGAGGCUAGGUUCCCACGUUUUGCAGCAAGAGUGGUCUUCGAACUGUGGAAGAGUCCCCCAGUAACGCAGGGCCAAUCAAAGAAGAAACCCGAUAAAGGUGAUAAGUCAAAAGCUGUAGGUGGGGAACUGUUCAUUCGGGUGCUGUACAAUGGUGAGGAUGUGACAUUUCACACCACUUUCUGUCGCCCCCAUGACCGGCACACCGGCCAGCCACUCUGCCCUCUGAAAAACUUCCUGUCGUUUGUCAAGAGAGAUAUGUUCAGUGUUGUCAACGCCACUUCCUACCAGGAGGCCUGCUACAAACACCCUGGUUGACAGAUGGAAAGAUGGAGAGGAGGAUGAACGAGAGCGGAUGCAGGUUUGGCAGAUGGUUGUACCUUCCUAGGCUUUUUCGUUGUUUUCCACUUUUCAACAUGGUGCACUUUUAUGCUGCUCAAAGUGUCUUAAAUGUUCACAUUCUGUAAUGUAAUUUUUUGUGAACACAAAAUCAAUGGAAAAUACAUGCAAUACUGUACACAUCUGAAUCAUAGGUCUGGUUUUGGAGGAUUGUACGGUAUCUGUAAAUGAUUCAAGGGACGCUGUACGGCACUUAGCCACUUUAUUUCUACAUUCCAUAUCACCGUGGGAUUGUAAAAUUCCAGUAUUCCCAAGAAAAAAAAUGGGAUUUAAACUGGAAAAACAAUGCUGAAUUUCUCAUUGACAGUGCAUUUUGGCUAGUUUGAACCACUUUCUAGAUUGUUUGUCACUUUUAGCAUUUGUUUAGUUGAGUUGACUUUAUUAACUAAAGAUGCUGUUUUGCAUUAAAGUUUAGUGAUACUUUG